GUCUAUCUUCUCUGGUACUUCAUACCCUCAUUAUGGCUCCCAGAUACCUGGUUACCGUGGUGAUCUCCCUGCUGUGCGUCACGCUAAGCAUGCUCAGUCCACCUGCAUCUGCCUAUGGCCCCCGAAACUAUGCGUGCUGUGUGAGGUACACCAAGACCCCCCAGGAUGUGGCUCUGAUCAAGGGCUACAUUGAACAGAAAUCAGUGGAGGUGUGCCGUAUCGAAGCUAUCAUUUUUUACCUCAAACCCAAUAGAAAGGUGUGUGCCGACCCGAAGGCUGGCUGGGUGAUGAGGGUUCUGAAGCAGCUCAGUAUCAAGCUGGAGGAAAUGUCUGGUAAGACCCUGGGUAGAGGCAGGAGCCUGGCCACGUCCUUCCCCAGCAGCAGCAGCAGCAGCAGCAGGAGCAACAACACCACCCUGUAGAGCCGACACGGCAUGGACCACACUGCUGAACCAGCGUGACGUGGUUGUUUUGGAUCGUCAGGCAUUGCUUGAAAUGUCAGGGGUCUUUCUGUUAUAAGCUGAACUAUUAGUCCACUGCUUUAAAAGAAAAGCUUUUUUUUUAGAACUGUCAUCUUUUAAUAAAUAACAAUUUGAGAUGA